GCGUUGUUGCCGUGGAGAUUGAGCGGAAGACUUCCGCAGCCCUCGUGUUAGACGUCGAGAAGAGCGAUGCGAGUGAUCCAAGGCUCAUCCCGCGACACUUGACGCCCCUUCCAUCCGCCUGUUCGGCCGCCCGCAUCCUCACCCCCCAGCACCAGUCGUGGAUCCUCCGCGCGUGCCUCGGUUUGCCUCCCCCGGGCACAAACAGCUGGUCUUUCUUCCCCUUGGGGCAAUUCCCCGGCCGCGAAAUCCUCGCUGGUGGUAACGAACGUCUUCCGAUGGAAGACCCUCGGAAUGGCGUCGCAUCCCCCCCAAAGAUGAUUCCGACUUUGUCCGGGCUUCACAUCGACCCCCCCAACCCGGUGAACGCGCCAAAUCCGGGAGAUGGGGAUAAGGGUCAUCCGAGCAGCCGGGGAAGCAGAGACGUCUGGUUUACUGGUACCCUCGGUCCGGGAGUGACAUUCCCGCCCACCAUGUUCGGUGCCGGACCCAGUAGUGAUUCGGUGCAAACCCUUUCGCCACUCCGCCGCUCGCCCCUUCUCAACGAGCACAGGGCCUAUUCCCACCCAGAAGACACCAUGGUGUCAUCACGCCAAGAGGCUAGGGCGGAGCAGAUGUACCGCGACAUGGCGCCUCUCCGGUUCGAGAACAACCUGCCCCGCAGCGAUGCGAAUAUCCCCCAAGAGCCGCAGGUGACCAGAGCGGGGCUUGCGGCUUGCUCGUUCUCGAGCGGAUUCUCGGGGGGGUCCCGCGCGAGCGCGAAGGAGUCGGGGCCCGAGUCCGUAAUGGACGUCUUCAGACGGUCCGAGGGGCUUAGUUUCAUGGGCAUGUACGGCGGAUUCCGAGACGAUUGCGCGGUGCGCGAGGCUCUGAGCGCACCACGCGAGGGUGUGCAUGUGCCCCGCGAAAUUGUGAAUGUCCCCCGGGAUGGUAUGAACGGCCCCCGCAACGGCGUCAACAUGCCCCGCGACGUUGUGAACGUGUCCCGCGAUGGUGUGAAAGUGUCUCGCGACGGGGUGAACGUGCCCCGCGCUGUGGAGCUCAGCAAUGGUGAUCACGGUAUGACAGCGUUCCCGAGGGCUCCCGACGGGUGGCUUCCCAAGCAGGAGGAGGGCUCUCGGCUGAGUAUGGCGUUCGAGCAAGAGCGGCGGACCCAGAUGGACGGGGACUCCGCCCUGCAUUUGGAGUUCUACCAGUCCCAGCAGCUGUCCCUAACGGCCAAGCCCCCCGGGCGCGCCGCAGCCUACCACCCCUGGGCUAGCAACCCGGGGUUCUAUCCCGAGGCUCUGGAUCAUCGCUCGGACAGGGGCGAUUCCAUCUUCGUCGAGUUUUCGCCGCAGGACGACCUGUGCCCCAAAGUGAAUAUCAAUCAGCUGCCGGCGAAGUUCGUGGCGACGUUCCUCUUGGGGGAUGCGAACCGGCCACGGUUCGAGUACAACGCUGCACAGUAUGCAGAACGGCUCUUCUCUUGCUACGGCGCCGUUUCCAAGACGCUGGUGCGCGAGAACAAGAACCACCCCGGCAAGUGGUUCGCGAUCGUGGAGUUCAGCUACUGGACCAACAAGGAAGUGCGCCAAAGGUUGGUGGCUGGGGAGCAGAUCCGACUCACCGACUUCUUUGAUGGCGAGGGCGUCUACGUGCGGCGCCACAAGGACAAGCAGAGCUAUAUGUCGCGCAACGGGUCGGAGCCUUCCAACGGUCUCCCCUGUCGCCCCGACUGGAAGUACACCGGAACUGACAUGCGCCUCGGGAAGCCCCUUUACCGUGGGCCGUGUUCGAUCUGCGGUCGGGAGAGUACCGUUCCCUUCAAGCCGAUCGUCAACGGACAGCCCCCACGGUGCCGCACGUGCCUUCGCCAAGAUGGGAACUUCGCUGCCCCGGGGGGGUACGCGCCCCAGGCAAUGCCGCACCCCCGCCAUGAGGACGCGCGGGUCGGAGGGCUGAUGUCGAUGCGCAAGGAGACGCUGCGGACGCUCAAUGUAGAUCGUGGCGGGAGCGGGGUGGUCCUGUUCAGGGGACGCGAGGCCGACCGCAGCGGACACCCCCACUACGUGAUGAACCACCAGGGAUUCGGCGACAUCGCCCGCGCGCGGAGCUUCGCCGGGGGUGAAGUCAGCAGGGCCUUUGCUGAGGCCACUAGGGGCCACGGUGGUUUCAGCAGGUUUGCCGGCGAGUACGGCAGCUCGGUGACGGGAAUCGACGCGUCCCCCCAGCAGGGGGAGUAUCGCCGCAUGAGCAGCCUCAGCAGUGCGGAUUUAAGCUUCUCGCACCCGGUCGAGAGGGACGAUUUCGUUUCGGGGGGGUCGUCUGGCGGCUUCUCGGGGGAAGGGGCCUCGGAGGCAAUGACAAAGCGGUUUGAAGUCGGGUGGGGUGUGGAGGAGCGCCGGGAGGGGCUUCCAGAACCCCUCGUCGAAUGGAGGGGGCUUUGGGGUUGGAACGAUGUCUGCUAA